AUGGGAAGCUGGCCAAGCGCCAACUACGAGGUCGAGGCUGACAGUUAUGAUGCAGGGUCGCCGGCACGGAUAGGCCCCAGUCUCUUGGUCACGGAUGACCCCGAGCUGCUGAGGCACAUGAGUGCUCCUAGAGCCAACCACAUCUUCUCGGAACGCGAUGAACGACGACAUGCCGAGAUGAGAUCGAAGACGAUAGGGGCAGUAAAUCCACCCGAGCUAUAUGCGUUUCCUGUAACUUUGGUGUUGAUGGUCUUGAUUGUGCUGACCGGUGACAAGUAUUCUGGGAAAGAGGUUGACGCGCUGGAAUCCGACAUUGACGAGAACCUGCAGAGGCUGCUAGCCCUGAUUAGACGACAGUAUAACGGGAAGCCUCUUGACAUGUCACUGGUGGCAUCUUUCUUCACCUUGGAUGUGCUGAGCCAAAUCGCAUUUGGGGAUGCUUUUGGCUUCUUCGCCGCCAAGAGAGAUCUCUACAAUUUGAAUGAGAUCGCAAACCAAUUCUUCAAGCCGGCCGAUGCAGAAACUAUGGGCUCCGAGAGGCACAGAGAUGAGUUCGGCCAGGGUCGGAUCAUCGGUAUCGCUCAAAAAGCAGUCGCUGAACGCUACCGGCCGGGUGCCAAGGUCAAAAGGGACAUUCUUGGACACGUCGCAAAAGGACUCAGUCAGACACAGGUUGAGGCUGAGUCACACCUGCAGAUCAUCGCUGGCUCCGAUUCGACGUCUUCUGCUCUACGCAUAACAAUGAUGUUGUUGAUCGGCAGUCCAGUGGCGUCCCAAAAGCUCGUUACCGAGAUCGACAGGGCGGUUGCAAACGGCAAAAUCUCCUGCCAGAUCGUCAGGUGUAGUGAGGCCGCCGAGCUCGAGUAUCUAUCUGCCUGUAUCUGGGAAGGUAUCAGAAUGUUCCCCCCUUUGUUCGGCCUUCUGAGCAACCUCGCUCCCCCUGAGGGUGGUACAGUAAACGGAGUCUUCUUCCCACCGGGGACCGAAGUGGCUUUCUGUUGCGAGGGGGUUGGGCGGAGAACGGACGUAUUUGGAGCAGACGCAGAUCUGUAUCGCCCUGAUAGAUGGCUACAACCCGAUCCGGAAGUCAAGGCCAGGUACUUGAGAACAGCGGAUCUGACGUUUGGGAGCGGUAGACUUGCAUGUCUGGGCAAGAGUAUUGCCAUGAUGGAAGUACACAAGGCGUUCGUCGGAGCUGCUUCGGGACUUCGAACGGGCCCUCGUGGAUCCAAUCAAGGGUGCUAG